UAUAGUAUUAUAGAUUAGUAACAUCUAAUGCCUUAUCACUAUUAGGACAGUGAACUGUUUUCAGCCAAUGCCCUUGGGAACAGAAGAAACCAGACUUCAGAAAGAAUACACAUUAUGCCUAAGACGACUUAUGUCAGGUAAGUUCCUAGCUACCUGACACUCUUGAAUAUUUCAAAAAUAAACCUUGCCCCAGGAGCUUCCACCUGAGUGGGUGGUGGGAUUCCAGGGCGCUGCUAUGGAGGGGUGUAGUGAGCCACAGCUGGAUGCUAAGGCCAAGGUCACCAACUAGCUCAUAGAUUUUCAGUGGAAGCUGGGUAUGGCUGUGCGCUCAGACAGCUGCAGAUCACUUAAGUAUCCUUAUGUUGCAGUGAUGCUCAAAGUGGCAGAUCAUUCAGGCCAAGUAAAGAACAAGUCCUUCGAAAUGACAAUUCCACAGUUUCAGAAUUUUAGACAGUUCAAGGAAAUUGCUGCAAUUAUUGAAACUGUGUGAAAACUGAUUACUUGGUUGAUGAAUUGCUACCAUCAUUCUAAAAUAAUGGACUUUACUUUCUGCAACAAAACUGCCUAAGGAUCAAAUGAUAUUUAUUGAAUGAAAAUUACACUUUUGGUUUUCCAUUUUUUUAAAUAAUAAAAAAGAAAAUCAGACAAACAGGAAUUACAAAGUGGUGAUUGCCACACACUUUGUGAAUGUACUAAGAGCCACUGAAUUGGAAACUUUA